CCUCCAUGGUGUCACGUUUUGCGGGGACUUUUCACAAACCUGUCGCCAAAUAUCGCUGUAUAAGGACGCAGACUGUGAUCGGAAUGUGUUAUACGUUCAGAAACUCGUCUACUGAAACGAACAGACCUCGAAACCAUAGAAAAACGCAAACGAUUUCACUUGUGGCCGGCGCAUCGGCUGUUGCAUUCUCGUCGUAUGUUUUGCUCGGCCGGAAGUUGGAGGCAAAAGAACAAAUUUCCAAAGACCUGCAAAGUGUAACGCACAUACAGGGGCCAGCAAACAUGAAUGACCUAAAACUAACUAUUUUCCAAUACCACACUUGUCCAUUUUGUCGGAAAGUUCGAGCGUUUUUCGAUUUUUAUGGCUUUUCAUACGAUGUUGUUGAAGUGAAUCCGGUUCUUAGGAAGGAAAUCAAAUUUUCACCCUAUCGCAAAGUUCCCAUAGUAACCGCUAAGAAUGGCGACAUCAACGCUGAAAAUGUGCAACUGAAUGACUCUUCCCUUAUUGUGAGUGCCUUACAUUCUUACAUGAUUGGAGAAAACAAACAGCUUACAGAGAUCCUAACAUACUUCCCGGAGAUGACAAGUGAGAAUGCAAAGGGUAAAAAAGUGAAAGAAUACACCAACAAAUAUGAAAUUAUGCUAGGACAACCGCAACAGAACAUGGCAAGUAGAAAGGAAGAGAAAGAAUGGCGUAGCUGGGUUGAUAGCGUAUUUGUACAUACUCUAUCACCAAAUGUUUACAGAACACCCUCAGAAGCAGUCAAAGCGUUUGAUUACAUUAGUGAAACGGGAAAAUUUAGCACAGUCGAGAAAUAUAUCGCAAAGUACGUGGGUGCUGCUGCAAUGUAUUUUAUCAGUAAAUUACUGAAGAGGAAGUGGAAUUUAAAAGAUGAUGUCAGGCAGUCGCUGUACGAAGAAGCUGAUAAAUGGAUGCAAGCUGUUGGUCCCGAUAGAGAUUUUAUGGGAGGGGAUCUUCCAAAUCUAGCAGACUUGGCUAUGUAUGGAGUACUGAGUGCUAUAGAGGGAUUUGAUGCUUUCAACGAUUUACUCGACAAUACGUCAAUAAAACCCUGGUACAAGAAAACAAAACAAGCAGUCGCUUCUCAUGCUGGAGCCAACUGAUUCAAGUCAAGAAUUUUGAGUCUGAGCAAUCAAUUUAAAUGACUAAAAUUCAUUGUUACAUCAUGUUUACUAAAAACAACUAUAUUUGGUUUCAUUUGCACAGGGAAUCUCUACCGAAAACAUUGUUGCUAUCACAUUGAUUGCCCAGUUGAAUUCAAACAAUUUCUCUUUUAACACCAUUUCUCGUCAGUCCCCCCCCCCCCCCCAGUAGAAACUGUUCGAUUUACUUGUAAAUUGACAAGAGCAAUCAGGUCAUUGAUUCAGAACUGAUUAUCGGUCUUCUUUGCAAUUAUCUGCUAGUUGUAUUUAUAAUGAGAUUGUAAAUCACGAUGGAAACAUAAAACCUGAAACCGUAUAC